AACUUAUUUGAUUGUUGUUCGACGAAAACUAACGAUCUCACAAUGUCGAAAUUAACUAUAUUAAUAUUUUGCGUUCUUGGACUAAUUAGUGCGUGUGUGGGACAGAGUCCUGUAAUAGAUCCUAGACCUUGUGCAGAAAUUUUUGCCAGCUUAGAGCCGCUACCACCAGGUUUUAACAUUGCCAGCUUACUUGGCAUCUGGUAUGAUAUUGGAAGAUACCCUCAGCUGACACAAAGUGGUCAGUGCAACCGAGCUGAAUACAGGCUUCUAAAUAAUCCAACAACCCCAAAUGUUGUUGGGAUUUCAGUUGUGAAUAGGCAAGUCGUAAACGGAAUAUGGGCUACCAUACAAGGAGUAGCCACAUCGACGAACGUUCCUGGAGAAUUAAUAGUUAAUUUAUCCAGUGGUGCAGAGUCGACUCUUCGAGCUUUGACUGUCACUAACAAUUACGCAGUUUUGUUCAGCUGCAGUCCUGCCCCAACUGGAACUGGAAGCCUAUUGGGCAGUUGGAAAAUGAGCAGAACCCCUUCUUUAGCUCCUGAAUAUGUAAAAGAAAUUGAUGACUUCAUUGCCAACCAUCCCAUUCUUGAAUCUGAUAAAUAUUCACCUACAUCCCAAGAAUGUACUGGACCCAUCGAGAUGGUGGGAUCUUGCGAAAGCGUCAAUAUCCAAGGUCUUUCCAACAUCAACUGGCUGGAUUAUUUAGGAGAAUGGCGAGAAGUUGCUAGAUAUCCACAGACAGCGCAGACUGGCCAGUGUAACCGUGCCCAAUACACUGCUGGGCUCCUUUCUGGUCUCAUUUCAGUAACAAACAGUCAAGUUACUGAUGGAAAACUGAGCACGAUAUCAGGACAAGCUAUUAUUAACGAUAACGGAAAAAUGACAGUUACUAUCAACGAUAACACGGUGGACUAUUACGUCCUUGCGACCAACUAUAAAUAUGCUCUUGUAUACACCUGCCAAAAUAUAGAAGGAGGAAACAGACGAGUUGGCAGUUGGCAGCUUAGCAGAACAGGGUCACUGACACCCGACGCCCAAACUGCGAUGAAUACUAUCAUCCACUCAAGCGAUGUCGUGGAUCUAUUUGAAGGUUUCUACCAGCCCACAAAACAGGAUCCAGAUAGCUGUUAUAACUAUCCCGAUUUUGAUAAAACAUGGGAAUACGUCGAGCUGCCUGGAAAGUGCGACGACAGAAUCAAAGGAGUUGAGAACUUCGAUUUGAAUAGAUACGCGGAUGGAAUGGAAUGGAUAGAAGUCUCUAGAUACCCACAGCCAACACAAACUGGUCAGUGUAACCGAGCUAAAUACGAGGUAGUUAAUAAUGCUGGCAUCUCAGUAACAAACCGUCAAGUUGUGAACCAAAGACUUGCAACGAUAUCAGGACAGGCAGUCGCCAGCGCUGAUGGAUUUGGAAAGUUGGAAGUUACUUUCAGCGACAACAGCAAAUCAGAUUAUUACGUCCUGGCGACCGACUACCAAAAUUACGCUCUUGUAUACACCUGCAAUUCUUUACCUAAUGGAAACAGGCGAGUCGGCAGUUGGGUGCUUAGCAAAACAGGAUCAGUAGGCCUAGAGGGUCAAGCUGAAAUUGAUAAAGUCGUAAGCAGCACCCAAGGUCUCCAUCCAACUUACUACCAGAAAACAGGCCAAGGGCCAAACGAUUGUUUCUAUUAUCCAGAGUUUGAUCCGACAUGGCAAUACGUCGAACUGGAUGGAUCUUGCGACCCCAAUAUCAAAGGAAUUGCGGGAUUCGAUGCAAAUAGUUACCAGGGUGAAUGGAUAGAACUCGCUAGAUACCCGCAGCCAACACAAACAGGCCAGUGUAACCGUGCUAAAUACGAGGUACUCACUAGUAACACCGUCUCCGUAUUGAACAGCCAAGUUAUUAAUGAAGAACAGUUCACGAUAUCAGGACAGGCAGUUGCUAGCGAUGAUGGAACAGGACAAUUGAAAGUUACUUUUAAUAAUGUAAAUGGAGAAUCAAACUACUACGUUCUCGCAGUCAAAUAUGACGAAUAUGCUCUUGUGUACAGCUGCUCCAAUUUAGAUAACGGAAAACGACGAGUCGGCAGUUGGGUGCUUAGCAGAUCAGGUACUCUGAGCGAAGAGGCCAAUAAUAAAAUUGAUGAAGUCAUAAGCCAAACACAAGGUCUACUUAAAGAGUAUUACCUACCCACAAGUCAAAGCUAUGCAUCGUGCUUCUACUAUCCACAGAUUGCUGAAACACAGCAAUACAUCGAACUACCUGGUCCUUGCGACACCAGCAUCAGAGGGAUUUCGGACUUCAAACCCACUGCUUAUGAAGGCCUGUGGAUAGAAGUCGCUAGAUACCCACAGGGGACACAAGCUGGACAGUGUAACCGAGCUAAUUACUCCAUAAUUGCCGGAGGCGCCGUUUCUGUGAUGAACAGCCAAGUUACAAAUGGAGAAUCAUCCACGAUACAAGGAACAGCUAUUGCUACACGCGCUGACGGAACUGCGGAAUUAGAAGUUACUUUCAGUGUCAAUGGCGAGAUCAGGCGAUCCAACUACUACGUACUGGCAACCGACUACAUUAGUUAUGCACUUGUAUACAGCUGCACCAAUGUAAACAAUGAAGGCAAAAUCACUAGACGAGUUGGCAGCUGGAAACUAAGUAGAUCCGGAACACUGAGUCCUCAAGACAAUGCUGCUAUUGAUGCAGUGGUUAGCACCACUCAAGGUCUCAAAGAAAAGUAUUACCAGGCCACGGAUCAGAGUACUGAAACGUGUUUCUUCUAUCCCAACAUUGCUCUAAAUGAUGACAUCAUUAUACCUGGCCAGUGUGACCAAACCAUUUCUGGCGUUCCGUCCUUCGACGUGGAUAAGUUCGAAGGAAACUGGUACCAGAUCAGAAGAUACGACCCUGUUACAACCACUUGUGUUGGCAUGAGAUUUACUUCAGAAUCCGACAGCAUCAAAAUUAUUUCAUACGAGGUGGUCAAUGGAGAAUUAUCAAUUACGGAAGGAACAGGCCGAAUAAAUUCUACUGAUAGCUCUGGUCAAAUAUCUGUAACCUUGCCAGUUGCGGACUCAGAAGAAAGUGCUGAUACCAUAGUCUAUAUACUGGCCACAGACUACACCAAUUACGCGUUAGCGUACAGUUGCUCCAACGUUAACGCCUUCGAACGAAAAGUUCGUGCUUGGCAACUGAGUCGCGAAAGGACUAUGUCAUCUGAAGGAGGGGCAGCCAUCGCAGCUCAGAUACAAGCAAGACAAGAGCUCCAUGAACCGUAUUUCAGAAAUAUUGAACACGAUGAGAAUUGUCCAGAACCCAGUUCAGCAUUUUUAGUCAAAAGCAGUAUUGUUGUACUCCUUGUAUGCGCCAUAUUUCAAUUAUUAUUGUAAAUACUAAAUGUAUUUAAAAAUAUAUAUAUUUUUGUCUAUGUAUUAUUAUCAUUGUAAAAUAUUUUUUUUUACUUUCUAAUAAAUGUUAUAUUUCCUUUAGGAUUUA